AUGUCUCGAAUUCUUGUUACUGGAGCAAAUGGAUUCCUUGGCGCUCACAUUGUUAAGGAAGCGUUGGACAGUGGAUAUCUCGUACGAGGGACUGUCCGAUCACAAACAAAGGCAGAGGAAUUGAAAAAGGUCUUUCCAUCUGAUAAGUUUGACACGUCCGUCGUGCCAAACCUAGUUACAGGCGAUUAUACUGAGGCCCUGAAAGGUGUGACCGCUGUCAUCCACUCUGCUUCACCGUUCACCCUGGACUUGAGUGAUCCCAAGGAUUUUUUGGAUCCUGCAAUCAAUGGAACCCUAAAUAUUCUUCGUGCAGCGCAAGCGGCUGGCGUCAAACGAUUCGUAGUGACCUCCACUGUAGGGACUCUACCAAACAGACCAGAAUCCCUCUUCGCCGAUACCACAUAUGGGCCCGAUGACUGGCUUCCUAUAACCUACGAACAAGCCGCCAGUGGAACCUUGCCCGGUUUUAUGGUCUACAUCACAUCCAAGAAAUACGCCGAAUUGGCUGCCUGGGAUUUUGCGAAGGAGCAUCCCGAGGUCAAGGUUACUUCAGUCAAUCCGACGAUCAUCUACGGCCCAGUUAUUCACCCUAUCUCAUCCUUGAAAUCACUAAAUGCAUCCAACAUGGCCAUCUACUCCCUCAUAAAUGGUUCAAAGACAAUUCCUCCAGACAGCGUCCCAAUCUUCUGCGAUGUUGUUUCCACGGCGCGAGUGCAUGUGAAAGCAUUGGAUUCGGAAGCAACAUACGGGAAGCGUGUUUUGUUCGCCAAAGGACCUGCGACCAUGUACCAAAUUCUUCAGAUCAUCGUGAAAGCCAGGCCCGAGCUAGCUGAUCGUUUCCCUCCCAUUCCGGAAGUUGACCCCGUUGCAGGAAAGCCGAUCUCGAGGAUUGAUUCGACAAUUGCGAUGGAGGCCCUUGGAAUUAAAGGUCUGGAAUUGGAGGAGACCGUCCUCCAAACCGUGGACAAUCUAUUGGAGUUGGAAAAGAAACUCGGCCCCAACUGA